AGUGAAUAUUUUGGUUUUCGGUUUUCAGAUUGACUAAAUUCUUUAUGCAAUUGAAAAUCUAAAUUUUUAUGCAAAUAAAUAUCAAAAAAUAAUAAGGAAAAUGCUUCGGAGGACGAGGCCAUUGCUGUGUGCGAUUCGCGCUCAACGUAAUAAUGUGUAUUGUUUACGCAACAUCGAGACAUCGCCUGCGCCACAAGAGGGUAUUGUGAUCAGUGAAAGCUGCGUCCAAAAAUUAAAACAGCUUUGUGAUGAUGAGAAGAGCUUCUUAAGAGUGUGCGUAGAAAGCGGAGGCUGCUCGGGAUUCCAGUACAAAUUUGAUUUGGACACUAAACUUCAAGAUGAUGACAGAGUAUUCGAGAAAGAUGGAGUCAAGGUAGUAAUAGAUGAUACUUCACUUGAAUACAUCAAGGGAUCCACAAUUGACUAUCACACUGAACUAAUCCGAGCAGCAUUUAGAGUGGUUCAGAAUCCUAACGCUGAUUUGGGCUGCUCAUGCGGGGCAAGUUUUUCAAUCAAAAUCGACUAAAGGUAAAUAAAAUUAAAAAAAAAAGAAAGGUGGUAAAGAUUAGAAUAAGUAGGCAACAUUUGUAAAUUAAAUAUUUUAUAUACUCAAUACAAACACUAUAAUAGCAAAGAGAUAUUGUUAUUUUGUUAAUAGACCAUAAACAGUGGUAGUGGCUUAGAAAAGCCUUUGUACAGUCGACGUCAAAGAGAUCUUUACGACUAACGUUACAAAAAAUUAUUUACACGACUUUAUUGUCAUAGCAUUUAGGUCGUGUAAACAUUUUUUUGUUACUUUGGCUGUAAAUUUCUCUUUGACGUCGACUGUACAUCACACUAAUCAUUGCGGAUAUAUUUGAUUACCACCUGCCACAUAUUCUCGGUAUCAUCAUUAGCAGGCAGCCCAUCUGCUGUUGAUUGCUGUUGACUUUCACUAAAAGCAAUCACUGCUUUGUGGAUGAAAUGUCCCUAUGACGGAUUUGGCCGCAUUGAUUGUAGGUAUUUGGUAUAUUUUACUUCAUCUUCAAAAAUUGUUCCAAUUUGGGUUAUAUGUGUCGCUUAACUUCAAACUGGGGUAAAUCCAUUGGACCCUCUCAGCAAAUAUCUACCCUAUUACGUUUUCUUAAUACCAAAAUCGCAUAAUCUGACAGAUGGAUUUACCCGAGUUUGAAGUUAAGCGACUCAUAUUUUCUUUAUGUUGUUUUCCUGAAUAAUUAUGCCAAAAAAAAUCUUCAAUAUCUCUUCUUCUCUGUUUGUCUCCAGUCUGUUAAAGCAAUGCAAUUCAUACACUCGUCUAUUUAAGACAUAAGCAUCUCAAAUGAAAGGACUUUCACAUCUUACUAACAGUUUUGACAGAAAUAUUUAAUGCAUUCAGCUUGAAUUCAAAAUAAUAGGAUAGAUUCACGCAAAAUAGGCGCAGGACGUCGAGUUGCGAAAAAUCGCCAGUACUACAAUACAAUACAAUAGAUUUUCUGCAAUUUUAUAUGUAUGCUAAUUAAAAAAAUAGAGAAACAUAAAUGUAAAUAUGUAGUUUAUAGUGUAACAAUUGCAAAAAAAACAAUGUAGACAUUUAGUUUAAUUUAUUUACGUUUUCUGUGAUAUAACAAUAAAGAAUUUACAGCAGUAUAAGCAAGUCUGCUUUUAAUUUUAACAGUUAUGAUUUACUGU